AUGAAUUGUCCCAACCAACUCCAUAAGGACAGAGCAGCAGCAGCAGCAGCAGCAGAGAAAUGUUCGGCAAACUUGGUCCGUGAGCUACAAGUGUUUCUAUGGCAAAUUUCACUUACCGCACCCACUCACGAUAUCAUGCAGGCUGUUCUUGAAGCAGUGGAAAAAUAUCGCCACGAUCUGGAGGAAGCAGCCCAGGCACUUCGCCAUCGUGGUCAAUCACUAGCUGAGGAUGCACCCAAGAUGAUCGAAGACACGAAAAGUCAGAUUGAGCCACACACUCAGGAGCUAGUAAAUACUGUGCAGGAUACGCGAGCGGAAUCUGGCGAUGAUAGUAUGAUCCGAAUGCAGUUACUAUCAUAUGCCAUCAUACAAGGAAUGCUCAUGGGUUAUGUUAUCGAUAGUAUUUAUUUGAGUUAUAUACCAUACGCAGUAAUCACUCCAGCAAUAGUUACUGUCUCAUUCGCGACAGUUGCAAAACAAUCCAAUGGAGAACGUAAAAUGCUGCUCGGUGGUACAAUUGGUACGGCGAUUACAGUCAAUUUCAUUUUGGGAAUGAUAACGGGAAGCUUGUCGUUUGUCUACUUCCUGCUAACGCUCACAUAUGCUGGAAUAGCUGCCGUCAUCAUGCAACUGUGUCUGAGAAAUCUCAAAGGGACGUCCGUUCUCGAAGCAGUGGAACAAUAUCGUCAUGACUUGGAAAAAGCAGCACAAGUUCUUCGACACCGCGGUAAAGCACUCGCCGAGGAUGCACCAAAGAUGAUCGAGGACACGAAAAGUCGAAUUGAACCAAAGACUCAAGAGUUAGUAAACACUGUACAGGAUACGAGUAAUGUCUCACCUGUAGAAAAGCCGAUUGUCAAUGUUUUUGGUUGGUCGACAGUGUUGGUAUUUUUCGCUAACCUGAGCAUGCUACUCGGCAUAUAUUUCGUUGGACCGGUUCUAUCCUUAAUUUUUGGAAAAUUUGGUGCAUUCUUGAUGGGAGCCAUAUGGAUACCUCUCGGCGCCCAUUUUGAUAUUAAGUCUCAGACAACCGCCAGUGAUCGAAUUAUUCGUAUGAGGGUACUAUCAGGUGCCCUUCUCCAAGGAAUGGUUAUGGGCUAUGUCAUCGACCGCCUUUAUUUGAGUUAUAUACCAUAUGCAGUAAUCACUCCAGCAGUAAUUGCCAUUACAUUCGCGGAUAUGAAAAGUGAUACUGGUGAUACUGGGCCAUUACAGCAAGCUGCUAAAUUCGCUGAUGGAGACCGAAAAAAGCUGCUCGGUGGUACAAUUGGAACAGCGAUCACAGUCAAUUUCAUCUGGGGAAUGAUUACUGGGAGCUUGUCAUUCGUUUACUUGCUGCUAAUGCUCACCUAUGCUGGAAUUGCUGCAGUCAUCAUGCAGCUCUGUUUAAAUAAACUCAAAGGAACAGAGGACGAGAGGGAACACCUCUAUCAAAACGCCCUCAGCUGUAGCUUCGUUAUUGCAAAAGUGAUGUUCUUCCUAAUGUUCGGCUCAUACCACUCGGAUGUAGAAGCACAGAGGCAUGAUUAG